UGGGUUAUAAUGUAAAUUUGAAAUAUCCCAAAAGUUUUUCUCUUUGACGAGACAAACGGAAGGAGAAAACUAGCGCACAAAAUAAAAGAUUGAGGCGUCGAAGAUCAGAUGUUAAAGCAACUGCAUUCCCAGUUAGGAGAGAAAUCCAAGUCACCUCCUUCUUCCGUAACAAAUAGCCAAUAAUUUGAGAGAGAUCCAUAUCCAAUCCGCCAUUUUUCCUUUCCCAAAACCCUAUUUUAAUGUCAACAUUUGCUGCAAAAUUCCCAUAAUCUCACCCUAUUGGGAAGCUAUAGAAUAAUGAUAAAUAGUACCGUUGAUGACAACGGCCACGCCCAAAUUCCUGAUCAAGAACAUCACUGCCACUGUUGUCAUUUUCAUAGUCAAAAUCAGCAGAAGCCCCCUGCACCCAUACCCAAGUGCCUACCAAAGCGCAUAAUUUUGGUUCGUCACGGAGAGAGCGAAGGGAAUAGAGACGACGCCAUGUACACCAUCACGCCCGAUUAUAGGAUCCCGCUAACUCCCAAGGGAAUUGAUCAAGCCAAGGAAGCUGGGUCUCGCAUUUUUGACAUGGUUUCUGAUAAUAGCUCCUCAGAUAAUUGGAAGGUCUACUUCUACGUCUCCCCAUACGUGCGAACACGUUCCACCCUAAGGGAGAUGGGCAGGGCAUUUUCCAGACGGAGAGUGCUUGGCGUGAGGGAAGAAUGCCGAAUUAGAGAACAAGAUUUUGGUAAUUUUCAAGUGGCGGACCGCAUGAAAGCGAUCAAGGAGACUCGGGAGAGAUUUGGCCGCUUCUUUUAUCGUUUUCCUGAGGGAGAAUCAGCUGCUGAUGUUUAUGACAGAGUUUCCAGUUUCCUUGAAUCUCUUUGGAGGGACAUUGAUAUGAAUAGACUCCACCAUGACCCUAAUGACGAUUUGAAUCUUGUGAUUAUAUCUCAUGGUCUAGCUAGUCGCGUCUUUCUGAUGAAGUGGUUCAAGUGGACAGUUGAGCAGUUUGAGUAUCUAAACAAUUUAGGAAAUUGUGAAUUUCGAGUUAUACAAUUAGGGAUUGGUGGAGAAUAUAGCUUAGCGGUCCACCAUACUGAAGAAGAGAUGCUAGAAUGGGGACUAUCCCCUGAAAUGAUUUCAGACCAAAAAUGGCGUGCUCAUGCUAGCAGGAGUUCGUGGAAGGACAAAUGUUGUUGGUACCUUGAUGCUUUCUUUGACCAUCUAGCUAAUUCAGAUGAGGAUGAUUAUGAUGAAGUGAAAUCAAACUUUUCUGACUAGUUUAGUGAUAUUUUUGGUGCAUUUUUUUUUCUAGUGAUUCCUUACAUAUGUAGCUCAAAUGAGUCCUAAAUUUGGUUAUUGACAGAGGUAGUUGUAAGACCCAUUCGACUUUUAUGUGGUAGUCCACUUGAGGGGGUCUCAAAGUGUUUGUUGGUUUGGUUGCAUUCAAUCUUUUGUAGUAUCAUGGGUGGCUCAAGAAUAACGCCACAAAAACAUGUUUUAGGGCUCCUAAGGGCCAGAAUACACUUAAAAACUUUGUUCUUUAUAUA